AUGAAUUUAAAUAAUGAACGUAAUGAUAAUAAAAAGUUGAAUAUUUUAAAUAAGAAUUUAAGUAUUGAUGAGUUAGAUAGAUUGAUAGAAUUAUAUAAAGAAAAGAUAGAAGAAUGCACUGAAUUAUUAAUUAAUGAAUUUGAUAUUAAAAGAGAAGAUCUUAUAAAUUUCUAUGGAGAAAAAUAUUUUAAUUAA